GCUCAUAAAUGCGACGGAGGGGGGACCCGUGCCAGCAGCACUUGAGAGUAGAAGAAGAAGAAGACGCCAAACGAGAAGCACAUCUUGACGUUCUGGUGAUGGAGAGCGUGCGAGCGGUUUUCUUCCUGUCCGUUUGUCUGUCCACGCUGGCGUCUUUCUGUCAGGGUCAAAGGUCGGUCGACGCUCAGGUUCCGGCCGCGCCCGAUGAACCCAUCCUGGGACUGGCCAACGUGGACCUGGCGGAGGCGCUGCAGGCUUUCAUGGACGAGGCUGAAAGUAGAGUUGGCCUCUCGGUGGAAAAGAAGGCCAGCGUCAUCCCUCGGUGUGACGUCGGCGAGCGUUGCGCAAUGAAACACGGACCCCGAAUCGGCCGACUGUGCGACUGUCUGCGAGGGACGGCGUGCAACACCUUCUUCCUGCGCUGCUACUGAAGGCCGGCUAAUGUUCUGUCGACACACCGUGAAUAAAAACAUAUUGCUACACUUUGA